UGGGCUGGGCUGGGCUAGGCUGGGCGGGCCGAGCUCACCACCCAUCUGCUCCGCCAGGGGAAGCUGCUCUCUAACCAAGCCUCCGGAGCCAAGCAAGUCAGAUCUGCCAGGGAGCCUCGGCCUUGAACAUUGAGCAGAGUGUCUGAAGACUCCAUUCAGCUCUCCAAUGGCCAGCAACAACACCGCCAGCAUAGCACAAGCCAGGAAGCUGGUAGAGCAGCUGAAGAUGGAAGCCAACAUCGACAGGAUAAAGGUGUCGAAGGCAGCUGCAGACUUGAUGGCCUACUGUGAGGCCCAUGCCAAGGAAGACCCCCUGCUGACCCCAGUCCCGGCCUCAGAAAACCCCUUCCGGGAGAAGAAGUUCUUCUGCGCCAUCCUUUAAGUCUCUGAGAGAAGGCUGAAGAGCGUCGGGGCUCCCCGGACAUUGAUGUAGAGUUCUUAGCAAAGUGGGCGCCUUUCUCGUCCGCAGCAUUUAAAGAGAGGAAGGAGAACCAUCUUGGACACUCCGGGCUGUGCAUGUUUAAAGAACUGUCCCCUUAUGAGAAUGAAAGCUGAUUCCGUGUCCCAACUUUAGAGAUCUGACCCUGCAGACCGGCCUGGAGGAGGGGGAUGUAUAAAAAACGAGAUCGGUGUAACUUUCCUGCUUUCCCUCUAAGACCUUACAUUUCUGCUUCAUAUUUAUAAAUGAAAUAAACAUUAAAGCCGGUGUCCUGAGCUGAGAUAUGGCUGACAUUCUGGGAAUGAGAAUUGUCUUUCAAAAUACCCUCUGAUAAGCUGUCGCCCCAUGUAGCCACAGUCCAGUUUAAUGGCUUCCACGUUUAGUCUUUUGUGCCUUUUUCUUUUCCCUCCCUUUCUCUUUCUCUACCCCUCUCUGUUAGAGGGCUGAGGGGAUGAGAUUGGGCUUGUGUGUUAGACUCAACUCCAAGGAGGAAUGAAUAGCUGAGAUGUUCAGAAAGAUGUCCCCCCUGGGAUUUCUUCAUGAGAAUAACAAUAAGGAAAUAGAAACACACACACACACACACACACACACACACACACCCCACAAUGCCGGCUCUCUGUGUUCUCUUACCACUAUUCUUAAUAUUUGUAUAUGAUAGUUUUGAUUCUGCGAGUAAAAGUAAACCAUGUGUUGUGACCGGUGCUUUCAUAUCUCUGUGAUAGUUUUUGAGUAAUACUGCAUGAACAUGUCCCUUUAUCACAUCCAUUCAGAAGUUUUGUUGUUGAGCUGGAAAGCUAAGAAGAAAAUUGAGAGAAAAAGAGGCCAGAGAGGAAAAAAACAAAUCCUCUGUAUUUUGAAAAUUGAGAUCACUUCAGCGCCUUAGCCAUGCCUGAAAUACCUCCUGAUGAACUGUGGUAUAAGUACCUCUUGACAGAUUUCCCCAAUCCACAGCAUUUGGGCUUACCCAAGAUCCAGGGCAGCACAGUUACCCCAAGCUGGAGACCAGGCAGGGAUCCAUGAUGACUUGGGAAGGCGCUGUCAGAAUAUCAGCCUGUUUCCACUUUCCAGGAACCAUAGAAAACAUAAGCAAAAGAACAUUUCCCGUGUUCAUAACUAGACAACCAUGGCCCUCUUUAGCUCAAGCAUCAGAAGAAAUAAACCCACAGCUCCGAGGGAGGUGGCCAGCCUCAGAAUACCUGUUGUUUGGGAGACAAAGUCCCCGAAUUGUGCUCUGAGCAACCCUCGCAGUUGGCUCUUCUUCCCACCGGUGCUGAUGCUGACGUGGCCCUCGUUUUCCACUCCCCCCAAAUCUCAAAGCACUGGCUGCUUUGCUCUCCACCACAUUUGUCAGAGCUCUCUGCCCUAUUUCCAGCCUCCUUUGGCUAGUGCUCUUCCCCCACAAUAAGACCCUGAGAGCGAGGUUUGUCAUGACAGUUGUAUCCUCCGUCAGUAACUGAGGGCCUCAGCUGCCUGCAGACUGCCAUCUACCCAGUCAGAGAGAAUCUAUUUACUUCUUUUUGUUUUCAAAUCCUAAAACACCACUAAAUCCAAGCAAAAUUGAUUUUUCUCCUCUCGCCAUUCUCUUCCUCAUGUUUUAAAAGCUGGUGGUACUUCUAAAGGAAAGAGAAGGUAAAAAGACUUCCUAUGGCGAGGACACAUUUUUGAAAUAGAUUGGUAAGAUAUUUUUCUUAACUCUUUUAUGGGUUUUCAGCUAAAGGAUAACUAUGUCCAAUUAAAGUUUAUGCUUGGGGUGGGAGAGAAGAGGAUCCUGGAACGAUUACACCGGAACAUUUAUGUACAAAUGCAAUUCUGUAACCAGAAACUUCUGUUCCGGCGGGUCCUGGGGGUUUGUUAUAGUUGGUGGGAUGUUCAUGAAGGUUUAAUGGUAAAAACAAAGCAAAACAGACAAAAAAAAAAAGCCACUGUCAGUCUUUUCAGAACUGCACUGUAAUGCAGCUAAGAAUACUGUGGAAUCAGCUAAACGUAUCACACCUUCAGAGUGAGCUGAAACAUACAUAUGUGUUCACAGGUCAACAACUGUGACUGGGGCACUCUGUGCUGGUUGGGGGCAGGGCUACACUGGGAGGAGUCUAGACUUCUGUGCAAAUUUAGAUCUCGGAAGUAAGUACAGUGGAAACAAUAUCUUUAGGGUGCCCCUUGUACAGGCUUAACAAUUAAAAAUUCAGGAUUUGCAAAUUACUGGUGAGCAUGUUUACAGAAUAAAAAAGUAGGAAACUCUAUUCUCUUCCACAUAGAAGUUUCAGGAAAAUAUUGUCCUUUUUUAUAUAUAUAAUUUCAUAUCCUUCAGUGUGGAGCUAUACCUGGAAUCAGUUUUGACUUAUUGAUGUUUGUAUUUAUUAAAGGGAAAAAGGUUUUGUUUACUUGGAUCUCAAAAGAGCUUAAUUCUUUUCAAUGUCAACCAUCCUUGUCACCACCAUAAUUUCAUCUUAGGGUAACUAAUAGGAAACUUUAGUUUAACUAUUUAAGUCCCUCAUUUUUACAUACCUAGAUAACAAUUACAAUCUGCCAUGGAAUUAAUAAAUAAUAAAUAAUAAAUGUCAAACUUAUAAUGUGUCUGUUAAAAUACCUGAACCACUUUUAAUAUCAACUCCAAUUUAAAAUGAUUUUAAAUUUGAAAGUAAGUAAGAUAUAAUUUAAAUCAUCAGAUUUAAGAAGACAAAGUAUCAUACUUUUUCCCAUAUGCUUGAAUUCACAUGAUGAGUCUUGAGAAAAUCAAGCUGGUGAUCUUUAGCAGAUUUUUUUAUGCCUUUUUCUUUUUCCUUGGUGUUUGUUUCUAGCCGCUCCUGCAAAUGAUGAAUUAUUAUGUGUAUAUUACUGUCUCAUAGCCCAACAAUUGUACAACUGUUUAGAGCUUCACACUUUUCCUGUAUAAGAUCUGUGGAAUGUGUCUUUAAAGAGGGGAAAGCAGAAAAAUGGGGGCUUGUGUUUUGGUGGGGUUUUUGCUUUUGGGGUUUUUGUUUGUUUGGGUUUUUCUUGUUUUGUUUUUUGUUUUUUCAAGACAGGGUCUCACUGGCUGUCCUGGAACUUGUUCUGUAGACCAAGCUGGCCUCGAAUUCAGAGGUCUUCUUGCCUCUGACUCUUGAGUGGUUGGGAAUAAAGGCAUGAGCCACCACACCCAGCUUAAAAAUGUUAAAGCAGGAAAACCUGAAUGUGAUGUGCACAUCUUUAUCCCACAUGAACUGUGUGUUUGUUUUAAUAAAUGGAAUUUUCAGAUUCA